UGUUCUCCACGAGCUCACGCAUUAAGAAACGCAAAGAACACAGAAAUGGACAUAUGCAGUAGAAGACUUCAUUUGUCUUCAUAAACACCCAAAAAACCCUAAUUUCAUCCCCCAUUUGCACCUUCUUGCACUCCAUAAACUCCAUUAUUCUGUCAAAUCUCCUGCUUACUCAGAGAUGAAAUAGUACGAUUUCAUAGGCCUUAAUGCUAGUUCAGAGGUUCAAAAUCGUGGUCCGGUCAUCGAUAAUUGGCUUCCAUUACUGACUUACUGUCAUUUUGGACUGCGUCUAUUAUUUGACUCUCUCUCUCUCUCUCUCUCUCUCUCUCUCAUAAGCACACACAUUCCUUCACUCAGUUCGUUUCUGCGAAUUUGUUGAAUGAGAAAAAAGGGAGGAAAAGAGGGGAAAAUGGGAAGACUACCAUGUUGCGAUAAAGGCGAGGUGAAAAAAGGUGCUUGGACCCCUGAAGAAGACAGGAUACUUCUCGAUUAUAUUACUAAGAACGGCCAUGGCACUUGGCGUUCUUUCCCUAAACUUGCAGGUCUCCGGCGAUGUGGAAAAAGCUGUAGGCUGAGAUGGACAAACUAUCUUCGUCCUGAUAUAAAACGUGGUGCUUUCACUUUUGAAGAAGAGCAAACCAUUUUCCAGCUGCAUACCUUGCUUGGUAACAAGUGGGCAGCUAUAGCAUCAAGGCUGCCAGGAAGAACAGACAACGAGAUAAAAAACUACUGGAACUCUCAUUUAAGGAAACGCAUCCCAAAUUUACAAGCCAACUCAGAUUCCAUGUCAGCAGAAGAUAUAAAACCCAAGCUCUUGUCAACCAGCCACAUGGCAGAAUGGGAGAGUGCCAGGGUGGAGGCGAUGGAUCCCAUUGUUACUGGUGGAGGCGAUUGUGACUACUUUAUGAAAGCAUGGAAUUCUGUAGGUGGUGAUGCGUUUCAAAGAGGAAAGGAAUUGGAAUUGGUGAUUAAAGUGGAAUCGGAAUCGGUGAUUACAAUGCAAGCUGAGGAGGGGACGAAUAGUAAUUCCUACUCUCCAAACUCUUAUAAAACAGAGAAAUCAUCUGAUAUAACGUUGGACCUGUUGCUUGAUUUUCCAAAUGAAGGGGAAUAUCUAGAAUAUUUAAAUGAUAAUUCGGCUUAGAAAAUGUUUGGUUGUUUGUAAUCGGUAAUCCUUCUUACUUAUUUACUCUAAGACUUGUUAGGAAUCUGAA